AUAAGGACGGCCCCACUACGUUGGUCGCGAGCAGUUGGCCUAGGUCAAAUUAAAAAUUGUACCAACAGCAUAAGAAAACCUGCCAUAUUGAACACAGCGAGCUUAGCGAAUGCCAACAUAUUCAGCUCGCAGGAUCAUACGCACCAUCAAUUGUAUGCAUAUUUCGAUGUGGCACAGCACAUCACCUUCCUUGCUCUUCAAUGAUUCCCCGCGCGAAGUCGGAUCUUACUUGAUAAAGACGGAGAUAGAUGGAAAUGUUAUUUCCUGCCUCGGAUGUAACUCGGCCGUGCCAGUAUCUUCUUGAAUGUUUAUACCCAGUUAUUACCUUCGAGUUCACCUCGCUUCCUUCACGCACGUGUGUCGAUCUUGAAAACUGGUCAUUUCUUCAGCAAAUUUCGUACCCCGAUCAGAAAUGGCAGCACAUAAUAUUAUAGAAGGCGAAGUCGCUUACGAUGUCCCUGGCGCCGGCAAGCCGUGUAAAACAUGGUACAAGAUAGUUGGUAGUCUUGACUCCGGAUCCAUACCUCUUAUUACACUACAUGGAGGUCCAGGGGGCGGCCACGAAUACUUGACGCCACUGGCCGAUCUUCAUGACAAAUAUGGGAUCACCGUUAUAUUCUAUGAUCAAAUAGGAUGUGGCAAGUCGACGCAUCUUCAAGAGAAGAAGGGUGACGAUACCUUCUGGACAUUUGACCUUUUCGUGAAAGAACUCGACAAUCUCGUGGAUCACCUGAAGCUCCGCGAAAAAGGAUUUUACGUUGCCGGCCAAAGUUGGGGUGGUAUGUUAGGUAGUACAUACGCUUCCCGCCAGCCUCGGGGGUUGAAGAAGCUAGUACUGGUCAGUUCCCCAGCCAGCAUUCCUCUCUACCUCAAAGGUUGCAAAGAACUACUCGCUGGACUACCUCAAGAGGUCCGCGAAACUUUAGAGGAAUGCGACAGGAAAGGCGAUCAUGAGAGCGACAAGUUUCAAGAGGCGGCGAUCGUGUUUAACAAGAAACAUGUCUGUCGCAUUGACCCUAUGCCAGAGCCAGUGCAGACAGCCUUCAAACACCUGAAAGAUGACCCAACUUCGUACCUUACAAUGCAAGGUCCAUCGGAAUUCAUAAUUGAGGGUACCGCUUUCAAAGGUUGGGAAGGGUAUAAACAAGGCCAUAAUAUCCAAGUACCAACGCUACUCAUCAAUGGGAGUCACGAUGAAGUAAAGGAUUUGUGUUUCGAACCGUGGUUCUGGGUAAUUCCUAAGGUCAAAUGGGUAACGAUUGAAGGCGCCAGCCACAUGUCGCAUUGGGAGCAACGAGACCGGUUUAUUCAGCUCUGUGGGAGUUUCCUCUCGGGCACUGUGUAGAUGGGUAACGAGCCUGCAUGAGCGAUAAGUACGUACCAAGAAUACACCAAGCGGUUCUAAAAUGAGAGGUUCGUGUAUCCUAUGUAUAAGUGUUAGCAUCUACGCCGGUUGCUCAUUUCGAAGUGCAAUGUAUUUCGGCUUCUCAAGAUGGGACGCCUCAUUUACGAUCACUUCGAUGGAAGAACAAGAACAUACCCCCAAUU